AAAUAAUAUUCCAAGCAUUGUUUGUUUUAUCACAGCCUCUCACUCCUUCUUCCACAAUCAACAUUCUUGUUUGUAACUCUCACUUAUCCAUGGCUGCUGAUCAAGUUGAUCAAGUUGAUCAAGUGGUUCUUCUGAAUCACUGGCCGAGUCCAUAUGGGAUGAGGCUCAGAAUAGCCCUUGCUGAAAAAGGUAUCAAGUAUGAGUACAAAGAUGUAGACUUGUUCCAGAAAGGCCCUUUGUUGUUAGAGAAUAACCCUAUUCACAAGAAAGUGCCGGUUCUCAUUCAUAAUGGUAAACCUAUUUGUGAAUCUAUGAUUGCUGUUCAGUAUAUUGAUCGAGUUUGGAAUGAUAAAUCUCCUUUGUUGCCUUCUGAUCCUUACCAGAGAGCUCGCGCUUUAUUCUGGGCUGAUUUUGUUGACAAAAAGAUCUAUGAUACUGGAAGGAAACUUUGGGCCAAAAGCGGAAAAGAGCAUGAAGCUGCAAAGAAGCAAUUCAUAGAAGCCCUUAAACUGUUGGAGCAAGAGUUGGGGGACAAGAGUUAUUUUGGAGGAGAGAAGCUUGGUUAUGUGGAUGUAGCACUUAUUCCAUUCUACACUUGGUUUAAAGGCUAUGAGACUUUUGGUAAUAUCAACAUAGAGAAAGAGUGUCCCAAGUUCAUUGAUUGGGCUAAGAGAUGUAUCAAAAUUGAGAGUGUUUCUAAGUCUAUUCCUGAUCAAGAUGAGGUCUUUCAGUUCAUUGUGUAUCUCAGGAACAAGAUACAUUCAAGAACCAGUAACUUAAGAACUAGUAAUCUGUAGGAAUAAAGUAUCUUGUUACAAGGUUAAUUUAAGAUAUCAAUCGAUGUCAAGUUUAAACUCUCGUUUCUAGUUCGUCCUGGAGAUCAGGAAGAAAAUAGGAUUUGAGUAAGUUGGGUAUUACGUAUGAAUAAAAGACGAGUUUGGCGAAAUCAUGAUGGUGUAUUGAUUUUGUUGAAGCUUCUACCAAAAUUGUGAUUGUGUCAUUGUUAGCUAUGUAAUAAAAAGGCACUUUGAUGUGCCAAGCUUUAUGCUUUUAGUAGGAAAGGUUUGGAAAAACUUGUGAGUUGUGAAUUUUGAUUGAUCUUUGAAUUGAGUGUUGAUGGGAUUGUUAUAUGCAUGAUGUAAUGUGAAAGUAUUUAUCAUUUUAGUAACUGUUGUUGCUCUUGUUUA